AGGCGGUGUUGUGACGUCAGUUUGCGAGAGGAGGGGGGCUAGAGAGAGAGAUGGCGGAGCGGCGCGCGCUGCAGCGGGAUCAGUGCGCGAGGAACUGCAGCUCGAGCGGUUUCAGUGGGGUGGAGGAAGUGCCUCGAAAAAUGAACGGUGACGAGUCUGAUGACGAGCUCCUGCUGGAGGAGGAGGCAGCAUCAGUGGGGCCUGUGCAGAUUGUGGUAGCAGAUGAAGAUGAGCAUGAAUUUACACUGGAUGAGGAAGCCCUGGAGCGAAUCCUCCUGCAGGAGCAUGUCCGGGACCUCAACGUGGUGGUGGUGUGCGUUGCCGGAGCGUUUCGAAAGGGAAAGUCCUUUCUGCUGGACUUCAUGCUCCGAUACAUGUACAACCAGACAUCAGACGCGUGGCUGGGGGGAACUGAGGAGCCUUUGACGGGCUUCACUUGGAGGGGAGGCUGUGAGAGGGAGACCACAGGCAUCCUAGCAUGGAGCGAAGUGUUUGUAGUGGAGAAACCAGACGGAAACAAGGUGGCUGUGCUUCUCAUAGACACCCAGGGAGCCUUCGACAGCCAGUCCACCAUCAAAGACUGCGCCACGCUCUUCGCCCUCAGCACCAUGACCAGCUCAGUACAGGUUUACAAUCUAUCCCAGAAUGUGCAAGAGGAUGACCUGCAGCAUCUUCAGCUUUUUACAGAGUAUGGAAGACUUGCCAUGGAGGAAAUCUAUCGAAAACCAUUUCAGUCUCUAAUGUUUCUCAUAAGAGACUGGAGUUACCCGUAUGAACAUGAGUAUGGCCUGGAAGGAGGAAAUAAAUUCCUUGAGAAAAGAUUACAGGUGAAGCAGAACCAGCAUGAGGAGCUGCAAAACGUCCGGCAACACAUCCACUCCUGCUUCUCCAACAUCAACUGCUUCCUGCUCCCUCACCCCGGACUCAGAGUCGCCACAAACCCACAUUUUGAUGGCAGAUUAAAAGACAUCGACGAUGAUUUCAAAAAGGAGCUUAUACAUCUCAUCCCCUUGCUGUUGGCUCCAGAGAACUUGGUGGAGAAAGAAAUUGGGGGUUCCAAAGUGACGUGUAAAGAUCUUGUACAGUAUUUUAAAGCUUACAUGAAAAUCUAUCAGGGUGAAGAGCUGCCACACCCAAAGUCCAUGUUGCAGGCAACAGCUGAGGCAAACAAUCUUGCAGCGGUCGCUGGAGCGAAAGAAAUUUACAACAAAAGUAUGGAACAGGUUUGUGGAGGAGACAAGCCCUACAUUGCUCCUGCUGAUUUGGAGCGCAAUCACGAGGAGCUGAAGCAGAGUUCAGUACGACAGUUUCGCUCCGUCAAGAAGAUGGGAGGCGAGGAGUUCUGCCGACGUUACCAGGAGCAGCUGGAGACUGAGCUAGACGAGGCUUACGCCAACUUCGUCAAGCACAACGACGGAAAGAACAUUUUCCAUGCAGCUCGGACACCUGCCAUGCUCUUCGCUGUAAUGUUCGCCAUGUAUGUGAUCUCGCUGGUGACGGGCUUUGUUGGCAUAAACUCUGUGGCGACGCUGUGUAAUCUGAUUAUGGGCGUGGCUCUGGUGUCGCUGUGCACCUGGGCGUACGUCAAAUACUCAGGGGAGUUCCGCGAGGUUGGGAGUGUCAUCGACCAGGUGGCAGAAACCCUCUGGGAACAGAGGACUCCAAGAAAGGUGUUUUCCAAGCUUUUCGAAGUUGCCAGGAGCAAAGUGACAGUGGGUGCUCUUCUGCCUGCCCAGCGAAAGAGACUCUCCUCAAACAACAACGUGAAGAAGAAAAACUAGACUCUGUCUCUCCGCUCUGUUUCCUCAGAGCCCUUUUUAGGGACUUCUCCAUCCUGAUGAAAAGGCGUGGCCUGGGGGUUGCGCUGGGUUAGGAUUAAAACAGUGAAAAACUGCUAUAUAUACCUGAUUCACUACAUCUGUAGAACACAGGUUGUGGCACUUUCAUCCAGAUAUUUCGAUCGUUUGUCUUAUCAUGCUGACGGGGGGGCGGGGGCGGGGGGAUUGUGCUGAGUCUUAAGAUUUUUCACAUUUCUACAUGUCGUCCUUCCGUUUAUGCUCCUGAAGUUUGUGUUUCUUUAAUCGUCCAGCUUUGUGUGUGUGCAGUCUUUUCCCUCUUUUAUCAUUCCCUCAUUUUGUUUUCUAUUCUGACAUUUCCAUAUCUUUUUUUUUUUUUUUUCUCUCUCCAUCCAUUCCUUCUGCUGUGUCUUAUCUAUGGAAGACAGUUUCUGCCACUUGACGACAGAAACAUAUCUUAUUAUAUAUUAUCAAAUUACAACUUUGGGUCCUUCAAUAAUAUAUAAGUGCUUAGUGUCUCUUAAUUGCAAAUUAAUCUCAUGAUAAUGACUCUCAAUCAUUAUUUUCUAUUUUGGUAAUGAUUUACGAUGAGUUAUGAUCUAAUAGUUACGACAUAGUGUCUCAAUUGUGAUGUAGGACCUAAAUACUUUCUAAUGACUUACUGUCUCAUAAUUAUGACUUAUUAUCGGAAUUAAGACGUGGUAUCUGAAUCAAGAUUUGGUAUCUCAUAACGACUUAAAGUGAUAAUUAUGAGAUCUCAUUAUGACUUUAUAUCUCAUUGAUUCUUAAUUGACUUAGUAUUUCAAAUUAAAAUUUCAAGUGUCAUAAUUAUGACUUAGUAAAUCUUUAUAAUGAGAAAUUAGAGAAUAUCUCUUAUGACUUAUUAUAAAGACUUACUGUCUUAUAAUAAAGACUAACUGGAGGACUUAUUUCUUUUCUUUCCAUAUAUAUUCUUUCCUCCUGUCGAUCUUUCAUUUCAUCUAAUCUCUCUCUCUCUUUCCUCAGCGGAGGUCAAAUCCUCUGACUGAUCAGUACACAGAAGUGAAUGAUGAGCAAAAGCUAGAUAAAUAAAUCACAGCUUGUUUAAUUGAGCAAGACGAGAAUCAGCAUUCCAAGUUUGACAAACUGACAUUGCGUGCAACGGCUCUUUGAGCUGCACAAAAACGGAGCCAAAGUUUACGUCAUUUUUACCGCAAACUCUGUAGUAAAUUCUUUCCUGAACACUUGAGAUGCUGCUGGCAUUGGCGCUGGUGGUGCCAGUGGUGAAGGGCCGAUGCUGGCAUUCACUGGCACUGGCUUUGUAAUUCAGGAUAAUAAUAGCAUAACCGUUCUAAAGAAGUUGGUCGUGUGAUUUGCCAUCACCCCUCCCAUGUUUUAGCUGCUUUUCUGCUGGAUCGAUCAAAGAAGGCCCUGACUGGUUAUUAGGUGAUUGUUCUACAGCUUCUGCUGUUUGUGUCCAAUGUCCAAUUGAUCUCCCAUCGAUUUUAAACAGCACUUUCUUUUCUUUACACAAUUUUGUCGAUCGCACUUACUUUGAACAAAUUCCACUACAAACAAACACCUGAUUUUAUCUUCAGAAUGUUGUGUGACUGGUAUUGUAUGUUCCACAGUAUUUAAAAUAAUAAAGAUCAAGUACGAAUCAUGGCGAAAAAGGAUGCCACCUCAACACUGGUAGUGAAGUGAAACUUCCUGAUACACGGAUUUAAUUAAUUAAUUGUUUCUUCUUUAGGCCUACCCAAUCACAUCUGCUCUCUCCCUGCUGUAAAAUAAUACAAUAAUGACAUUUUGCUUCUCGAUAAUUCCAUCCACAAAAAUGGCAGCCAACAUAUGCUAUCCUGUACAGUUUAGAUUUUUUUAAAACUUGUCACGAUAGGGCAUGUGUAUGGAAAUAAAUGUAUAAUUAAAUUUUCUAUUCUAUAGUUUAUUAUUUUUUCCCUAGCUGGAAGAACAAAGGUUUCGUGGUAGGCCGAUGUGCGGUUAAUUUAAAGGAAUGCUUUUGUGAAUUUUGUGUAAAUGUUGGAAGAACAAUUUUUUUUUUCCUUUUUUUUUUUUUUUACAAUAUCUUUACAUUAAAUCUGCGUUUAGCGCCACAAUUCCACUCUUGUUGAUGAGCAUUGGAAUGUUUAAUCUUUCACUUGUUUUUGUUUCAUUUUAAAGUUAUUUUUCUUUAAUUUAUUUUUCAAUACAAAAUUAAAAUGAACUACUGUAUAUCAAACAA